UGUAAUUAUAUUGUAAAUACCUUGUAAUAUACUGCGUUAUACCAUAUCAAGUAACUAGACCUUAAGCAUCGUGUAACUAGACCUUAAGCUAUUAUGCAUUUAUCGAUAACUUUGUAUCAUGAGGAUCCAUUUUGAAAUAAAAGCAAGCGUCAUUAUACAGAAAGUCACCGUCGAGGAAAGUCGACUAAAACCAUUGGUGUUUAAUUUUAUUGAGAAAGCCUAUUGAUAUUUCAUCAGAAGUGGGCGUUGAGCCAUAAAACUUCUUUUAAUUUAAAAAUGACUGAGGAAACAAUAAGUGCGGAGAAGUAUUCUCUAAUGCAAUUAAAGGAAUGGUGCUCGGUUGUUGGACUUAGUGCAAGCGGCGCUAAGGCCUCGCUGGCCGCACGACUUAACGCGCUGUCGGCAGAAGCACGAGGGCUGUGUCCACAAAUCGAGGAUUACUAUGGAGCGGAAAGUUAUGAAAAUCAAAGACAACGUGGAGACAAAGGAAUUGAAAAUGUUGUGGGCAACGAUGCUGAAAGUACUCAAGGUAGAGACAAAGGUGCGACAAAGGAGACGGACAACGACGAUGGAAUGGUACAAGGCAGAGACAAAGGUGUUACAACGGAGACCGGCAACAAUGAAAAUGGCGACGAAGCAGUGUAUAUACAAAAUGGCGUAGCUUGUGUACGUGGUGGUACAUUCGUAAAUCGUAAGAGUGCAGUCGGCCAAAAGGAACAAAAUCACGAUCAAACGAAAUACUCCUCGUUGGUGCGCGACAACAAUGAAAAAAUUGACAAACUAAGGAUUGAACUUUUGCAAAAAGAAGUAGAGGUACUGAAAUUGAAAGAACAACUUUUAGAAAAGCAAGUGACGCCGGCAACUACAAGCGUUAGCAAAGGUGCGACCAACAAUUUUGAAAUGUUGAAGGAAGUUAUUCCUAAGUACGAUGGUGGCGAUGACUUUGAUGUUUGGCAAAAACAAUUACUCCACUACCGUGAAAUGUUUAAGUUGGACGAUGCCAUAAUGGGUCUCAUUGUUCAUUUGAAGCUAAGGGGAGCAGCCUUAGCCUGGUAUAAUGCGAAGACAAGUUUUCCAGAAAAUAUUGACAAGUUGCUGAGUGAGAUGAAGAUUGUGUUCGCGUCAUAUGAGAACAAGUUCCAGAAGCGGCGCAAAUUUGAAAGGCGCGAAUGGUCGCAUGAAGAAAGUUUCGCUAAUUACUUCAACGAAAAGUGUGUUCUAAGUAGCGGACUGAAUCUUAGCGAUGGUGAGUUAGCUGAUUACUUAGUAGAAGGAAUUCCAGACAAACAGUUGCGCACACAAGCUAAAAUGCAAAAUUUUUCGACGGCAAGCGAAGUGGUUAAAGCGUUCCGUAUGAUCGAGUUACCAAAACAGUCAACUGCAGAGUCACGAACGAAGGAAAGGUUGCGAUGUUAUAAUUGCAAUUGUUCAGGUCAUUACGCCAAGGACUGCCGUAAGCCAAAACGUGAGGCCGGAUCAUGUUAUGCCUGCGGAGAACAGGGCCAUUAUGCAACAAAUUGUAAGCAGUAUAAGAAGCAGUCGACGGAAAAUUCUUUUAAUGCUUAGUUGACUCCGGGAGCCCUAUAAGUCUAAUUAAAGAAGUUUUGGUACCAGCAAGGGUACAGUUACAAAAAAUUAAAAGUUG